AUGGGAAACGAGGAUUUGGUGGUGGUUGGCGCAGGCUGGAGUGGACUUGCCGCCGUCAAGACCUACCGCGACCUCAACCCGGACAGCAGUGUUCUUCUCCUUGAUGCGGCCACCUCCAUUGGCGGAGUGUGGGCUAAACAUCGUCACUACAAGGGCCUCAAAUCGAACAACUUGUUGGGCACAUACGAAUUCAGUGACUUUCCCAUGGACGAGGCCGCCUUUGGCGUGAAGCCCGGUGAACACAUUCCCUGCGAUGUCAUCCAGGGAUACAUGGAGGCAUAUGCCGACAGGUUCGGCUUCACCGAUCGCAUUCGACUCCGUCACAGCGUGGAGAGCGCCCACCAUAAUCUGGAUGGAACAUGGCAGCUGAGAGUGUCACACGAGGAUAAGGUGAUGACCAUCGACACUCGGAAGUUGAUCGUAGCCACGGGCAUCACCUCGCAGGCCUAUCUGCCUACCUUUGCGGGCCAGGAGACUUUUGGCGCACCUCUCUUUCACUGUCGCGACAUGCUGCAGCACGAGGCCGAAGUCUUCAAACCUGGAGAACGAGUGAGUGUCUUUGGUGGAACCAAGUCCGCGUGGGAUGCGGCCUAUGCCUGUGCAACGUCCGGAAUGAAAGUGGACUGGAUUAUCCGCGAGUCCGGCCACGGUCCAAAUUGGAUGGCACCCCCGUAUGUGACGCCGCUGAAGAAGUGGCUGGAGAAGCUGGUGACCACGCGCUUCUUGACCUGGUUCAGUCCCUGCAUCUGGGGUGACGCCGAUGGCUUCACGCGUGUGCGCAGCUUCCUGCACGGAACUUGGUUGGGACGCAAGAUUGUCGAUGCUUUUUGGGCCGUUCUAGCCGACGACGUCGUGCAACUCAACGGCUUUGACAAGCACCCGGAGAUGAAGAAGCUGAAGCCGUGGGUGAGUCCCUUCUGGAUCGCCUCGUCACUCAGCAUCCUCAACUAUCCCACCGAUUUCUUCGAUCUUAUCAAGGAUGGCACCAUCAAGGUACACAUCGCCGAUCUCGACCACCUCUCUGACCACACCGUACACCUGUCCAGCGGUGAGAUGCUUCCGACAAGCGCUCUGAUCUGUUCGACGGGCUGGCGUUGCACUCCCAAUGUGAAGUUCCUGCCUGAAGGCAUUGAUCGCGAGCUCGGGCUUCCCUGGAGCUCAGACCCUCUAGAUGAGCGCAUGGUCAAGGCCGCAGAUGAGGAGAUCCUUCGCCGAUUCCCUCGUCUGCGCGAUGGCCCUCCUCACAAUCCCAAGUACAAACCGCUCAGUCAAGAGUCGGAAGCGGCCGCGCCACAUCCAUUCCGAAUGGCACGGUUCAUGGUACCACUUUCAUUCGUCAGAGAACGAUCCCUGGCCUUCAUGGGAAUCACCAUGACCAUCAACACGACCUUGAUCGCUCAAACGCAAGCGCUGUGGAUUUCCGCCUACUUCGGGAAUCAACUCACCCCUACGGCAGUUGAGCGCUGCCCACCGGCCGUGCGCGCCGCUUUUGACUCCAAGAGUGAAGAUGGUGCCGAGCUCGACCUGACGUGGGAAACGACCCUGCACUCGGAGUUUGGCCGGUAUCGCUACCCGGGAGGCUUCGGCCACCGCAAUCCCGACUUCGUCUUUGACGCCAUUCCGUACGUCGAUCUGAUGUUGCGUGACCUGGGUCUGACCACGGAGCGUAAACAAGGUCUCCUUGCGCAGUGCUUCCACCCCUAUGGCACCGAGGAUUACCAGGGGUUGGUGGAAGAGUGGAAAGCGAAACAGGCGACACUUGAGUGA